UAACACCAUUUUGCUAGCUGUGAUGUUGAAUUUGAGGCCUUUACGUGGGAGCAGCGGCUUGUCAUAUAUGGACCUGUCUGUAUGACUGAGCUAGCAGGUACACAGGAAGCUUCAUUUAGACAUUCUUUGUUAUUUUCCUUCAGCAACAUCCCGGAGGAGGUGAUGGUGAACUUCAGAAUACUGCAGAAGAAGAAUGUGGGCAAAGUUGCCAUCAUCAAUGCCAGCAACUCAGUCCAAAGCACCGAAGGGCUCCUCAGGCCAAUCUCGGAGUGCCCCAAGAAUGAAGUCAUUUCUCUCCACUGCUCAGACUGUGGUCGUCAAUCAGUACCCAUCAACCGUAUUCUGGGAGGCAGCCCCUCUAUUUUAGGAAGAUGGCCCUGGCAGGCAAGUUUGCAGUGGGUUGGCCGGCAUACGUGCGGUGGAUCGGUGGUGUCCAAGCGGUGGGUGGUGACAGCUGCCCACUGCUUUGUUAUAUAUGACAUGCUGAAACCAGGGGACUGGGCAAUAAUUGUGGGCACUCUGAACUGGGGAGGAUUUCCCACUGGGGGGCGAUAUAACGUUCAGAAAAUCUAUAACCAUCAGCAGUUCUCCAAGAACAACAUCGACUACGACAUUGCCAUGCUCAGGACUACCACUGCCAUCAGCUUUACUGAUACGGUGCGGCCAGUGUGUCUCCCGAGCUACGAACAGACGUUCUCGCCCAAUUCGAACUGCUGGAUAUCCGGAUGGGGUUAUACAUCAGAGGGAGGACCUCAAGUCUCCCAUGUGCUCAGAGAUGGCCAGGUACAACUUAUCGAUAGCAGCGUAUGCAAUGAUAUUGAGAUUUACCCCAACGAGAUAACGCCUCGCAUGCUGUGUGCCGGUUACUUGGAUGGCAGGGUGGACUCGUGCCAAGGUGACAGUGGGGGACCUUUGGUCUGUCAAUCAAAAGACACCUGGUGGCUUGUGGGGAUCGUAAGCUGGGGUGAUGGCUGUGGCCGUCAAAACCGACCUGGAGUCUACACCAAUGUCAGUGACCUGCUAGACUGGGUUUACCAGAAGUUACAGGUGAGUUCUAAUAUCAGAUUGCUAAAGCAGGUCUGUUUUUAUUAAAAAUAAAAAGUGAGAACCAAAUGGAGAGCAAAUUCUGGACACUCACUCAGUCUGUGCCUGGCAAUAGCUGAGGUGAUCCUAGAAAUCUGCCCUUGGAAAUUAAAAAGAGAAUAAAAAAAAUCAAAAGGAGCUGAUGCUUCGUAAUAGGAAAUAAAAAUAGGAAUAAACUGAUUUGAGUUAAAAUGUCUGUUUGUCUUCUGUAGGCUGACAAAGAUGCUCCCUGAUACUGCCAGAGACCCAGAACACUCAGAAACUUCUUUUUUGUAUCUUACAAGUUGUAUGUUCUUUGA